AUGCUCAGUUGCAGAUAUCUACGCUUAUCUUCGCUACCUCUCGUCAUUCAACGACACUAUGCAGUAACAAAAACAGCGACAGGCCCGUCGGGCGCAGCUUUGAAACUUGGAGGUGGAGUAGCCAAAAAAGGUGCAGUGAUUACAAGUACAGUUCAACAAUACAUCGACGCUGAAACAGAUCCCGAGAAAUUAGUCAACUAUUGCUGUGGACUCAAUUAUAAGAAAGAUCAACCACCAGUAGAAAUCAAAGCUGAUUCCACGUAUCCAGAAUGGUUGUUUGGCUUAGAAAAACUAGAUAAAAUCAGUUUGGAUGAGCUGGAUAAAGACACGUGGGAAUAUUGGACGAGGUAUAAUGAACAAGGAGAAGAAUAUCUUCGAGUCAUCAAUGAGAAACGUUUUCCCGAACGAUAUAUCCCCACUUGGUUAAAAGAAAUGCGACCCUUGUAUUGA